AUGCCACUUUUAUUUAAACAGAUGAAACAUCUUGCGACGCCGUUCGCUUAUGUGGCUCGAUACUCUGCCAGGCACCCAAUCCACGUCAUUUUGACUACACUUCUAGUAUCGACUGCUGCAUAUCUAUCGGUGAUUCAGUAUUUCUUUAGUGGAUGGCAUUUGGAUUCAAAUACCAUUUUUUCCUCCAAUAACAGAGAUCAGAAUCGAUUUUUUAAUGAUUGCACUCAUUACUAUAGGUCGCCAUCAUCAAAUGGCUGGCAUUUGAUUUCAAAUGAAGACUCUAGUAGUCUUCAGAUGACUGACCAUUAUUAUCUGUUUGACAUGAAUUUUAACUCGAAUCCAUCAAUCUCAGUGCCUGAGCUCAAUGAUACGAUCUACGAAAACAAUGCCAACAAGUAUAUUCUAAGAACAGAACCUGCGAUUCCCUCGGAACUUACUUCUAACGAUGGUACCCAAUGGAGAUUGACUUCUAAUAGCAAUUAUUUUUCUGAAAUACAGAGAUUCUUUUCCUUCCUCUAUAAAAGUUGUACCACCCAUAUUAACGAGUCGGAACCUUUUGAUCUGUUCAUUAUUAUUUUAUCCUACGUCACCAUGCUUUAUACUCUGGCUGGAUUAUUUACAGAUAUGAAGAAAAGAGGCUCGAAUAUAUGGUUAACCAUCUCUACAAUUAUUAAUAGUGGCUGUGCCUUAGUUCUGGCUCUAUAUACAACCCAAUGCAUUAUCGAAGCUCCAGUUAAUGUGUUCAGUUUGGUAGAAGGUUUACCUUUUAUCUUUGUUAUUAUUGGUUUCAAACAUAAGGUGAAGAUGGCUUCUUACGCUUUGCGUAAAGUUGAGAGAAUUGGCAUAUCCAAAAAGACAACAACUGAUCAGAUAAUAUAUGAUUCAAUGGCUAAAGAGGGCGGGCGUUUGGUGCAGGACCAUCUGCUAUGUAUUACCGCAUUCAUAGGUUGUUCAAUUUAUGCCAGUCACUUAGAAGCUUUAACUAACUUCUGCAUUCUAUGCUCAUUUAUCUUAACCUUUGAGUUGAUCUUGACAAGCACAUUCUUCGCAGCUAUUUUAUCUUUGAAAUUAGAAAUUUAUGUUAUCCAUAGGUCAACUAUUAUCAAACAAACUUUAGAAGAAGAUGGUGUCAUUCCAACUACAGCAGAUAUUAUCUCAAGUGCGGAAAGUAAAUCAAAGACAUCAUUUUUUCAAUCAAACACAGCUGUCAUUAUAGCCAAAUUGUCAAUUAUUUUGCUUUUUGUUGUUGUACAUUUCUACAACUUCGGAGCCAGGUGGGCUACAGGUGCCUUAACAGCACUCUAUAUGAAUAGGGGACCAAAGGCUCUACCAGAUUUUAUUAAGAGCGUUUCCAACAACGAUUUAUUCAGUGAACAAGUAGUUAUAUCUAUUGCGCCUAUACAAUAUUACCAACCUGCAAAAUCGUAUCAUCAACUUGAAGAUAUGAUAUUUUCUGUUUUGAGCUAUGUUAGUGUGGCUAUUCGGGACAGAUUUGUCAGUAAACUGAUUUUUUUUGGUUUAGCUUUCAGUGCUUCCAUUAACAUUUAUUUAUUAAAUGCAGCUAGAAUUCAUACCCUUUUGACAGCUAAUGAAUUAUCAAAGAAAAUAAAUGGUAUUGUAAACAGACCAUCAUCCAAAGAAAGCCAAUCGACGGUUUCACCAGUACCAAGCGCUGUUUAUAACAAGCUUCAUGAAAAAAACUUGAAUGUACCUGGCGAAAGUACUUACGUUAUACCUGAAUGUUCUACUGAUAGUGAAGAGACUGAUAGUGAUGAAUCUGAAAUUUCAAAUCGUCCAUUAGAAGAAUUAGAACAAGUAAUGAAAGAAGGUCGCACGAAAUUAUUGAAGAAUAAAGAAAUUGCUUCAUUGGUGAUUAACAGCAAAUUACCUUUGUAUGCCUUAGAAAAACAACUUGGUGAUACUACAAGGGCCGUUGCAGUCCGUCGUAAGGCAUUAUCUAUUCUUGCCGAUGCUCCUGUUUUAGCAACUGAUAGAUUACCAUACAAAAACUUUGAUUACGACCGUGUGUUUGGAGCCUGCUGUGAAAAUGUUAUUGGUUACAUGCCAUUACCUGUUGGUGUUAUUGGUCCCUUAAUUAUUGAUGAUGUUCCUUAUCACAUUCCCAUGGCAACUACCGAAGGUUGUUUGGUAGCUUCAGCUAUGCGUGGUUGUAAAGCCAUUAAUGCAGGCGGAGGUAUUACAACUGUUCUAACUAAAGACGGUAUGACAAGAGGUCCUGUUGUUCGUUUCCCAUCAUUAAAGAGAUCUGGUGCUUGUAAGAUAUGGUUAGACUCUGAAGAUGGUCAAGAAAAGAUUAAAAAGGCAUUUAAUUCGACUUCACGUUUUGCUCGUUUACAACAUAUUCAAACUGCUCUAGCUGGUGAUUUAUUAUUUAUUAGAUUUAGAACCACGACAGGUGACGCUAUGGGUAUGAAUAUGAUUUCAAAGGGCGUUGAGCACUCUUUACACCAAAUGGUUACUGAAUACGGAUGGUAUGAUAUGGAAAUUGUCUCAGUUUCAGGAAAUUAUUGUACUGAUAAGAAACCUGCAGCAGUAAAUUGGAUUGAGGGGCGUGGGAAAAGUAUUGUUGCAGAGGCAACGAUUCCUGGUAAUAUUGUCCGUUCGGUCUUAAAGAGUGAUGUGACAGCCUUAGUUGAUUUAAAUAUUUCGAAAAACCUUAUUGGUUCUGCUAUGGCCGGCUCUGUUGGUGGAUUUAAUGCGCACGCAGCCAAUCUCGUGACGGCCGUAUUCCUGGCCUUGGGUCAAGACCCCGCUCAAAAUGUGGAGAGUUCCAAUUGUAUUACAUUAAUGAAAGAAGUUGAUGGUGAUUUAAGAAUAUCUGUAUCCAUGCCAUCCAUUGAAGUGGGUACCAUAGGUGGUGGGACCGUUUUGGAGCCUCAGGGUGCAAUGCUAGAUUUAUUGGGGGUUCGUGGUCCACAUCCAACUGAGCCUGGUCAAAAUGCACGUCAAUUGGCUAGAAUUGUUGCUUGUGCAGUAAUGGCAGGUGAAUUAUCCCUAUGUUCUGCUCUUGCGGCUGGGCACUUGGUUCAAAGUCAUAUGACCCAUAACCGUGGUAAGAAGGCUGAAUCUACGGAGGCAAAUAAAAAAGUUGCUAACCAAACCCCGAAGGUUUCCAAAAAAGAUAUUGAUCGUUUGAAGGAGGGAUCCAAAAUUUGCAUAAAAUCAUAA